AUGAACACAAUCGAGGCACCUCCGAAAGCUGGCCAGACCAUUAGCCAUGGAGGAAAAGAAUACACCACCAUCAAGGAAGGCCUUGCUCACAUCCUCGUACCCCACGGCAUACCAACCUCGACUGACCCGAAAAUGUCCAAGGAAGAUACUGCGAGACAGCAAGUUUUCUACAAUCCAAUACAACAGUUCAAUCGAGACCUGAGUGUCCUCGCGAUCAAAACAUUUGGGCAGGAUUUCGUCGAGCGGAAACGACAGAAGCACGAACAGUCUACAAUGAAAAUGAAGAAAAGAAAAAAACGGGAGGAGAAAAAGAAGAACAUUUGUCAGGGCGCGGUUGGCGAUGGACAUCUUGAUGUAUCUGAGCGGGCGGAAUCACCCUCGAAGAAGAGGAGGGUUGAGGAGACCGGCGAAGUUAAUACAAUGGCAGAUAUUGCAGGCAAUAGAGACCCUGAGGAGGUGGAUAUCGUUCUGGAGGCCCCUGCAGAGAAUCCUAGUGUCGGUGAUGCACCCCUACAUACAGCAGGAGCGUCCGAUCAGUCCAAGAACACCACGAAUGGAACCGACUCGUACAAACCUCCGUUCAAGAUUCUUGAUGCACUUUCCGCCACCGGUCUUAGAGCGCUGCGUUACGCGAAUGAGAUCCCUUUCGCAACUUCUAUCACGGCUAAUGACUUGUCUAGCCGGGCUACUGACUCUAUCAAGCUCAACGUGAAGCAUAACAAGCUCGAAGAUAGGAUCACUGUAAACGCAGGGAAUGCUAUUGCUCACAUGUAUAGCUUUGUAGAGAAGCAUGGCUAUGAUGUCAUCGACCUUGAUCCCUACGGCACGGCAGCUCCAUUCAUUGAUGCUUCCAUCCAAGCAAUAAACGAUGAAGGAUUGCUCUGCGUGACUUGCACAGAUUCAGCAAUAUUUGCAUCGCAUGGCUACCUGGAAAAGACAUACUCCCAAUACGGUGGUUUGCCGUUGAAAGGAGAGCCAUGCCAUGAAGGGGGACUUCGAUUGAUUCUGCAUGCAAUCGCUUCCUCGGCCGCUCGAUAUGGAAUGGCUAUUGAGCCCCUCCUCUCUCUUUCAAUCGAUUACUACAUUCGAGUCUUUGUUCGUAUACGGAAAUCUCCCAACGACGUCAAGCUUCUAGCUGGCAAGACUAUGCUUGUAUAUCACUGUCAAAGUGGAUGCGGAUCUUGGUCGACUCAGUUCCUUGCUCGUAACAAACCCAACACGACUAAGGAUGGAAAACCAUCGUAUAAGCAUGGAUUUGCGCAAGGGCCGUCUGCAAAUCAACUCUGCGAGCAUUGUGGCAUCAAGACCCAUCUCUCUGGUCCCAUGUACGGCGGUCCAUUACAUAAUUCAGCAUUCGUCGAGAGAAUGCUAGCAGGGCUUCAAGAUGUUGACCGGGAAACCUACGCAACGAAAGACCGUAUGGAGGGUAUGCUUCGUAUCGCACUUGAGGAAAUCACAUUCGGCGUUCGGGACGUAAAAACUCAGAUGCCAGAUGCCCCUCGCCAAUUACACCCAUUCAUUCCAAAAGCGGAUCCUGCUGAGAUUGACCAUCAUCCGUUCUUCUUCAUUCCGAGUUCGGUUGCUAAGGUCAUACAUUGCCAAGCCCCGCCACUCGCUGCAAUGCGUGGGGCUCUGCGUUCAGCUGGGUUCAGGGUCGCUAUGAGUCACUGUAAGCCUGGAUCCAUCCGGACAGAUGCUUCUUGGACAGAUAUCUGGCACAUCAUGCUGGAAUGGGCCCGCCAAAGAGCUCCUCUCAAGAAACCAUUAAAGAAGGAGAUUCCUGGUUACAACAUCAUAUCUAAAUCCAGCGCCUAUCAGAUGGGGCUUGAGAAAGAGAAGGAAGAAGAUUUCACAAGGAAUGCUGCCGUGGAGGUUGUUGAGAGCUCUACAAGCGAAUCGAAUAAGGCAAUUGGCAACGCAGAGAGUAACGACUCCAGCGUAUCCAGAAUAAUAGAGGGAUCCAGUGAUGCUUCACCAUCAUACCUCAGUGCUAAGUAUAAAGUCGUGUUCAACGAUGAACUCGGCAAAGACCACGACAGGGGAAAGUAUGUUCGAUAUCAACUCGCGCCGAGAGAGAACUGGGGGCCAAUGUCUCGAGCUAAAAUCACGCAGUGA